GCAGUUAGUGCGUCAGGCUCCUACCCAGAUUCCUGCUGCAGCUCCCAGGUGGUGCUGCUGAGUUCAUAACAGGAAGUAAGGAUUUGGGAGAGCCGGAACAGCACAGGGAACUGCAGGGAUACAACUGAGACGAAUGGUGCAGGGGCUGGAAAUAUAUUUUAUUAUCUGUAAAAGAAAAGGAAAUCAGAAAAGAAAUGUGGAAAGCAGCUGCAGGCCAAUCUGUUUCCAUCCAGCCAGAGGAUGCAGGUGACGACUGGGAGACAGAUCCUGACUUUGAGAACGAUGUGUCUGAGAAAGAACAGAGAUGGGGUGCGAAGACAAUCGAAGGAUCUGGACAUCAGGAACAUAUUAACAUUCACAAACUGCGGGAGAACGUCUCUGAUGAGCACCACAGCUUGAAGCAGAAGGAGCUGGAAAACAUGCCUAAAGCAUCCCAUGGCUACGGGGGGAAGUUCGGUGUGCAGCAAGACCGAAUGGAUAAGUCUGCUGUAGGCAACGAGUACCAGAGCAAACUCUCCAAGCAUUGCUCCCAGACAGAUUCAGUCAAGGGGUUUGGUGGAAAGUUUGGUGUACAGGCAGACCGAGUUGACCAGUCUGCUGUUGGAUUUGAAUAUGCUGGCAAGACCGAAAAACAUGCCUCACAAAAAGACUACUCAUCUGGUUUUGGGGGGAGAUAUGGUGUACAGGCUGAUCGUGUUGACCAGAGUGCAGUAGGCUUCGAUUACCAGGGAAAACUCGAAAAACAUGAGUCCCAGAAAGAUUAUUCUAAAGGUUUUGGUGGGAAAUAUGGAGUGGAAAUGGACAAAGUGGACAAAAGCGCAGUUGGCUUUGAGUAUCAAGGGAAGACCGAGAAGCACGAGUCCCAGAAAGACUAUGUAAAAGGGUUUGGAGGGAAGUUUGGUGUCCAGACAGAUAGACAGGAUAAGUCUGCCCUUGGCUGGGAUCACCAGGAGAAAGUACAGCUGCACGAGUCUCAGAAAGAUUAUAAGAAAGGGUUCGGAGGGAAGUACGGUGUUCAGAUGGAGAGGCAGGACAAAGCUGCCAUGGGCUUUGAAUACAAGGAGAAACUGGCCAAGCACGAGUCCCAGCAAGACUAUUCAAAGGGAUUUGGUGGGAAGUUUGGAGUACAGCAGGACAGAAUGGAUAAGAGUGCAGGUACCUUUGAUGAUGUCCAAAAGCCAGCUCCAGCCUAUCAAAGGACUAAACCUAUUGAAGCAGCCGGAAGCAGUGCUAGCAGCAUCAAAGCCAGGUUUGAGAACAUUGCCAAGCAGAAGGAGGAGGAGGACAGAAAAAAGGGUGAAGAAGAGAGAGCCAGACGAGUAGCCAAGGAGAAGCAAGAGCAGGACGAGGCCAGGAGGACGAUAGAGGAGCAGGCCAAAGCUGAAAAGCAGCGGACUGUAGAACGGGCACCAGAACCAGAUCCUGCCCUCCAGCCCGCUCACCAAGAGAAGCCACCCAGCCCAGCAUACCAGGAACCAAGUUUGUAUGAAGAGCCACCCGACAGAGACUCGGCUCCCAGUUCAAACCAGUAUGAAGCAGAACCCCCAUCUAAUGCACAGGAGCCAGAAUAUGAGGAUGCUUCAUAUGAGCCCCAGCAAGAAGCAGUCUAUCAGAAUCCAGACGAAGUGCAGAAUCAAGGAGACGGACAGAAUUAUGCAGAGUAUGGGGAUGACCUUGGACUCACUGCAGUGGCUCUGUAUGACUAUCAAGCUGCUGGCGAUGACGAGAUUUCCUUCGACCCCGAUGACAUCAUCACUAACAUUGAAAUGAUUGACGAGGGCUGGUGGAGGGGAGUGUGUAAAACAGCAUACGGGCUUUUCCCUGCCAAUUACGUUGAGCUCAGGCAAUGAAGCACUUACCUUCUGAAUGGGUUUGCCUUAACUACCAUCUGCAGUUCUGCAGCAGAUACUACAGAUCACCUCCUCAACAGGAAGAACAGGAACAAACAUAUACCCCCCCCCUCCCCCCCAUUAUUCUAGAAAUGCUCUUAAUGUUGGCUGUGCCACUUGCAAUAUUGUAAUGUGUAUAAUUUCUAAAUUGUGUCUCAUUUUUUCCACUCUUUGAGUUAAGACUAGGGACCUAUAUUAUUGUUGUUGUUCUUAUUAUUUUCUCUCUCCAACAAAUGCUGCUUCCAGGUUCAUGCCAUUCUGUGUCAAAGAAAAUGCACUGUAGUAUAAUUAAAUAAAUAAAUGUGUAGUAAGGAAUAAUGUGCUGGCAUCCAGAUCAAGCUGAAAUGCAUUCAAAGCAGUAUAUUUGCAGUAAAAGAGAUUACUAUAUUGCUCUAGAAGAUAUUAGGUGCUAUGGAGCACAUAGCAGAGGCUAACGUUUUUUCUCCAGUUAAGGUCCAUGUUUUUAGGACUGUUUAAUAAAAUAAUAAAUAACGUGUGGUUUCCACUUUUGUUUUUAGAUGUGCAUAAAUAUAGAGAUGUCCCAAAAGUUGAUUUGGAGGUACUAAUACAUUGUAUAGCCAAGGGUUAAUAUCGAAUUAAAUUAUCACCAAAGUAUAUUGCACACUUUCAUUGGAAAUACUGCAUUAAUGUGGAAAACAAUAAUUUUAAUGUAAUUGAAUAAAUGUGGAAAAGGCCUGUGGUGAACUAAAAUAGUAUAUUGCUGUUUGCUUGUUGAUGCUAAUUUGACUUUACUUUUAGCACAGUGUGCUGUGUAAUACUUGUGCUAGCUGGGAUAGCUGUUUUUUCUUUCUGUUCUGUAUCUGGGAUACUAAUGGCAAGUUUAAUGGCGAGUAGUUGUUGAUUUGGGAAGGAAAACUGUAUGAGAACUGUAUUAAUUUGUACAUUCCAUCAAAUACUUUAAUGAAACGUGUCUUGAAUAUGCAAGGUAUUAUAAAACAUUCAGGUGGGUUUUAAAAUAUCCCGUCCUCAAACAGUGUUAAAAUCUUGUGGCCCUGUGCAUAAGCCCAGCAUCUCAUAUUUCAGGGAGUCACAUUUAGGAAUCAUGACUUAAAGAAUUUGAGGUUUGUGUUUAUUUUAAAUCCACACAAAAGCUGUAUAGUGACAUUAGUUAUUUAACUAUGAUGUCUUAUGUUUUGGUGGGCAUCCCACUCAUGCAUUGGGCCAUAUCAUUUUCUUAUAAUUCAGUAUGACAAGCCAAUAAAAUGUUAGAAAAAAAUGUUGAGAGUAAAAAUGAAGGGGAAAAGGGUUACAUUUAAUCUUCGAUCAUAAUUUAAUCUAUGGAAAUUUCUAUUUUAAUUAUUUUGCUAAUGGUUAGGACAAUCCUUAACAGUUGAUGCGCAUGUCCUCGCCUUAUAGUUGUAGUGGUCCCUCUGUUUAUUACAGGUCUAUGUAUUUGUUUGAUCAUUCUUGGGUUGGGUUUUGAUAAUAAAGUUGUCUUUUCCAGUAUAUUAUUUGUAUCUUUUAAAUCAGCUUGCAUAAUAGACUACAUAAAACAUUUGCAAAUUGAUUUUUUUUCUAAGUGAAUAAAGUUUUCAGUUAAGUGUU